ACGCGAAUAAGUUAAGGUUUUAUUUUCCGUAUUUUCGAUUAAUGUAUCAACAACUUUGCAGUCGCGUCUCAUGGACCGUACGUGAGGGAAAUUCGCUUAUAGCAAGGAACUCUUUCCUCUUUCGAGCGUCGGGUAGAUUUGUGCACAACAGUAGUAGAGCAAAUAAAACCGGAAGUGCAAACACCAUCAUGGAGACGGCCCUGGCGAACAAUGCACCCCUUCCGAAGCUAUCGUCCGGGACGGUGGCGAUGGCAGCGGGAAAACUGACGCGAUUCGAUAAUAUAACCAAGUCACAGCAGGACAGCCGUAGCUACCGUGGACUGCAGCUAGAGAAUGGGCUAAAGGUGCUGCUGAUUUCCGAUCCAACUACGGACAAAUCUGCGGCUGCGCUGUCAGUCGAAGUCGGCCACCUGAGCGAUCCGGACGAAAUUCCCGGAUUGGCUCAUUUCUGCGAGCAUAUGCUGUUUUUGGGGACGAAAAAGUAUGUGAACGAGAACGAUUAUAUGUCGUUUUUGUCAGAGAACGGAGGCAGCUCAAAUGCGGCGACCUACGCCGAUACGACAAAGUAUUAUUUUGAUGUCGUUCCGGAGAAGCUACCGGAAGCGCUGGACCGAUUUUCGCAGUUUUUCAUUGCACCUUUGUUCACGGAAUCGGCCACCGAGAGGGAGAUUAAUGCGGUUCACUCGGAACAUGAGAAGAACCUAUCAAUGGACGUCUGGCGGAUACGGCAGGUCAAUAAGUCUCUUUGUGACCCGAAACAUCCAUACUAUAAGUUUGGAACCGGAAGUAAGAAAACGCUGCUGGAGGAUCCGAAAAUCAGUAAUAUAAACAUUCGGGAGGAGCUGAUGAAUUUCCACUCCAAGUGGUACUCGGCUAACAUCAUGAGCUUGGCCGUGUUUGGAAAGGAGUCGCUGGAUGAUUUGGAAGCCAUGGUCGUAGGGAUGUUCUCAGGGAUUGAGAAUAAGAAUGUGACGUCCCCUCAAUGGAAGGAUUUGCCCUUUAAGGAGGAUCACCUGGCCACUAAGACGAUGGUUGUUCCGGUAAAAGACUCACGAUCGUUAACAAUCACGUUCCAGACGGAGGACCUGGAGCGGCACUACAAAGCUGGACCGGAGCAUUAUGCAAGUCAUUUGAUAGGGCAUGAGGGCGUAGGGAGCAUUCUGUCGGAACUGAAGGCCAAGGGUUGGUGCAAUAAUCUUGUUGGAGGAUAUAGCACGAUUGGCCGUGGGUUUGGAUUCUUCGAGGUGAUGGUCGAUCUAACGCAGGAUGGGUUUGAGCACGUUGACGACAUUGUGAAGAUUAUUUUCCAAUAUAUCAGUAUGUUGAAGAAAGAAGGUCCUCAGAAGUGGAUUUUCGACGAGUACUGUGAUCUGUGCGAGAUGCAGUUCCGGUUCAAGGAUAAGGAAAAUCCCCUUUCGCUGGUUUCCAAUGUGGUGCACUCGAUGCAAAGCUACCCGCUGGAGGAGGUCCUGGCGGCACCGUAUUUGAUUUCCGACUGGCGACCGGAUUUGAUUGAAGAUCUGUGGAGCAAGUUUUACCCACAGAAUGCGAGAAUUACCGUCGUGGGGCAGAAGUGUGAGGAUAAGGCCAACUGUGAGGAGGAGUGGUAUGGUACAAAGUACUCCAGUGAGCAGAUCGAUGCAACCGUUUUGAAGAACUGGGCCAAAGCGGACCUGAACGAUAAACUGCAUCUGCCGGAGCGUAAUCCAUUCAUUCCGACCGAUUUCGAGCUGCUUCCGGUGGAUGCCGACAUCCAGAGCAUUCCGAUGAUUAUUCACAAUACGCCGAUGAUACGUGUGUGGUUCAAACAGGACGUCGAAUUUCUCAAGCCCAAGACGCUGAUGAAUUUGGACUUUUGCAGUCCGAUUGUGUACUCCGAUCCGCUGAACUGUAACCUUACGCAUUUGUUCGUACAGCUGUUCAAGGAUCAUCUGAACGAGUAUCUGUAUGCAGCCGAUCUGGCCGGUCUCAGGUUGAUGGUGGCCAAUACAACCUAUGGCGUCAGCGUUUCCAUUGGUGGCUACAGCCAUAAACAGCACAUCCUGCUGGAAAAGGUGCUCGAAGAUAUGUACAGUUUCAAGAUUGACGAGAAGAGAUUUGACAUCUUGAAGGAACAGUACGUCCGAAAUUUGAAAAACUACCAAGCUGAGCAACCGUUCCAGCAUGCCGUUUACUAUUUGGCCCUCUUGCUCACCGAGCAAGCCUGGUCAAAACAGGAAUUGAUCGACGCUGCAGACUUGGUGACCGUGGACCGAUUACGAUCGUUCAUUGACGAGCUACUGUCUCGCAUGCAUGUGGAGUGUUUCAUCUACGGCAACGUAAACAAAGAGAAAGCGUUGGAAAUUUCCGGUAAAGUUGAAGAAAAACUGAAGAAUACUGACGCCAGUGUUUUGCCAUUGCUAUCCAGGCAGCUAAUGCUCAAGCGAGAAUAUAAGCUGAAUAAUGGUGAAAACUGCCUGUUCGAAACGACCAACGACUAUCACAAAAGCUCGUGUGCCGAGUUGUACCUCCAAUGCGGCAUGCAGAAUGAUCAAUCGAACGUGUACGUCGAUUUGGUAACGCAAAUCCUCAGCGAACCGUGCUACAACCAGCUGCGCACCAAAGAACAGCUGGGCUACAUUGUGUUCUGCGGUUCGCGCAAAUCGAACGGCGUGCAGGGCAUUCGCGUCAUCGUGCAAUCCGUCAAGCAUCCGGCGUUCGUUGAAGAGAGGAUAGAGCACUUCUUGAACGGGAUGGUUGACCAUCUGGAGAACAUGACCGACGAGGAUUUCAAACGGCACAAGGAAGCCCUGGCCGCUAUGAAGCUGGAAAAACCGAAACGGUUAUCGACGCAGUUUACCAAGUUUUUGAACGAAAUCGCCCUGCAGCAGUAUCACUUCAACCGGGCGCAGGUGGAGGUUGCCUUUCUACAAACACUGACGAAGCAGCAGAUUGUCGACUACUACAAGGAAUUCAUUGUAAUGGGUGCUUCCCUGCGGCGGUCGCUCUCGAUUCACGUGGUGUCCACCGCCGACGGUGGAGCCGGCCACAAAGAUGCCCCGGCCGAAGUGACCGAACGAUCGACGAACGACACCACCACCCAGAAGGACUUCGUCACAGUGUCCGAUCUGGCCGGUUUCAAAUCCACUCGGGCACUGUAUCCGAUGGUGCAGCCAUACAUCGACAUCAAACCAAAGGGCAGUAAGUGUAAGCUUUAAAAAGUGAAUUU